AGCUGGUUCGGCUUACUCACUGGUACGGCUCACUCAGUUGAAAGGUACGCUGCCUCACGUCUGGGAUACCAUUUCCAUACUGCACUGCUGCGGCGAACCGAGUCAUGUACGCCUUUCUGAGCUACACGCUGGCUGCGAUCCUCGCUUCCGUCACGCUAUUUUUCGUAGCGCUGAAGCUAAGCAAAACGUUCCGGGAAGCGUUCUUCGUGCGUGUCUUCAUGCCCGCGGCCGGCUCUCUGGUCAAGGAUGAAUUCGUGGCGAUCCGGCGGGAAGUUUUGUCCCGUCUCAACGACCUGGAGUCCCAUGACCCCGAGCUGAAGAAAGACGGCAUCGUGCGGGUUCUCGAAGUGGGCGCGGGCUUUGGUGCCAACUUUGAGUUCAUCCAGCGGAAGGUGAAGUACUGGAACAUCGAACCCAACGCGGAGUUUGGGCCCGAGUUCAUGAAGGCGGCCGGAAAGAACCCGCUGGUGGAGUUGGAGCGCUGCGUUCGUGGCUACGGGGAAGACAUGGCCGUGAUUCCGGACGGCUGCUUCGAUGCUGUGGUCGUCACGCACCUGCUGUGCUCGGUCCGAGACGCCAAGCGGGUCCUCGGAGAGUGCAAGAGGGUACUCGCAAAGGGUGGUCGGCUGCUUUUCAUGGAGCACGUUGCACAGCCGAAAGGCACCUGGGCAAAUUGGUUCCAAUAUCUGCUUGACCCAGCGUGGGAGCUGCUGGCCUGCGGAUGCCGCCUGAACAGGAGUUCGGGAGACCUUCUCAAGAAGGCCGGGUUCGACCGACUGGAACUCAAAGAGACGUACUUGCCCAUACCGGCGAUCAUAAGCCGCCAAGUGUACGGAUACGCGUGCCUACAAUGAGUCUGGGGCCUCGCUCUCAGGAAUGAACAUUCUCCUAAGCUGCAUCGUACAAGUGGUGUGCAACCAGUGCCGAACCAAAACAUUUAUCGCUUCAGUUGUGGUUCAGCUCUUGCGUAGCUCUGAUUCAGUUCUAAUUCAUUUCUGAUUCGGUUUUGGUUCAGCUCCGGACCAGUUCUUUGUCAGUUCUGAUUCAGUUCUGGUUCAGUCCAGAUUCAGUCCUGGUUGAGUUCUGGUUUAGUUCUUGUUCAAGUCUCGUUCAAUCCCGGUUAAAAUUUGGUGCAGUUCUGUUUAAACCAGGAGUCAGCCACUGGAGAGCAAAAAUGGCGGUUGGAACGAGUGUCCCACCACUCAGGCUAGAAUCGAUUUGGGCCGCUAAAGCUUCAAUCUCUCUCCCCCCCCCCCCCCCCCUCAGCCUCCCUAAUUUUGACAGUAGUACAUUGCUGCAUUAAAACGAGUACAUAUUUUGCAUUAAAACGAGUACAUAUAGACAGAGAAAAAACAACUCUGUUGUUGCUUGAUGAACCUUUGCCUAAGCGAGGCAGCAGAAAGGACAGCAUGGAAAUAUACGUAAUAUUUUAGCAACAAUACUUACGAAACUCAAAAUAAACAUCAGGUGGCAGGGAGCAGAACGGGAAUUGAUUGACCCAGAGUUUCAAGAUUCAGAAGAAUUCCAGGGACACUCCCCCGGAAACAUUGAACGAACACUUUGCCGGGAUUCACACAACACCUCUAUUUUCAGUUCAGUCAAAUCAUUAAAAAAAAAAAAAAAAAAAAAACGUGGCACAUUGCAUUUCAAUAUCUGAUUAACAUAGUUCGUUCUAGAGCGGGGCACUAUCGACAUGUCUACACAGCGAGUCUCAUAUGCAACCUCCCUCAGACUAAGGUUGGAAAUUUAUAUAAAUACAUUUUUAAUUUUGCCGAAGAUACCUUUUUAAUACAAUAAAAAGUUUAUAAUAUUAGUGAUUUGGAAUUUGUACACUAUUCAGUCUAUUAAAUAAAGGACUGGUAUCAGUAUCGUAGGCAGUGUUACAUUUAUUGCGAAUAGCUUUUCUUUUAGAGUAUGCACAAAUUUAAUGUUUAUGGCGGUCGUAUUUUCAUACUAAGAAGCAAUAUUUAUACUUUGAGUCAAAAAAGGAAUUGUAUAUAAGAAGCAUAACAGAAUGUGGGAUGAUAUGGCAAUAUUUGUACAAAAUACCUACAACUCUCGAUCGCCUUUCGCAUAUCUGUUGUACAGUGUCGUCCCAUGACAUGUACCGAUUAAAUAUAAUUCCCAGAACUUCUACGCGCUUUUCACUAUAUCUAUACACUGUGUUCAAAGUUAAAAAAUGUAGGAAUAAAAAUGGUUCGUAUUUUGAUCUGAACAACACGGCUUCGGAUUUACUACAAUUUAGUUGUAAAGAGUUUGAACCUGUACAAGCAUUUAACCUUUCCAAGAAUAUAUUUGCACUACUUAUAAUCUUAUCAGUAUCAGCACCUGAAAAAAAUGUACUCGUUUCAUCACUAUAGUUGAUAAGAGUUAUGCUGUCAUCAAUAUUUGCAAUGUCAUUGAUGCAAGGAUUAAAAAGAGGUGGUCCAGUAUACUUCCCUGCGGCACGCUGGAAAUUUGUGUCCUAAGAUACGAUUUUUUUUAUUACUACGCACUGGUAGCGAUUACAAAGAUAACAUCUAAUCAUAUCCAAAGCAACACAACGAUUACCGUAAAGACAUAACUUUUGAAGUAAUGUAACAUGAUUGGAUGCGGUCAAACGUCUUCGAAAAAUUGAUAAAUACUUCAAGUGUUGGCAACUUUUUUCAAUAUUGAUUAAAAUAAGUUAAUUAUGUUUUAACAAAGCAAAUUCCGUAGAACAAUCCUUCGUCAAUCCAUAUUGACUGGGCGUUAGAAUGGAAAGCUUUCUGCAGAAACUAUGUAGCCUGUCAUGUAUUUAUUUUUCUAGACCUUUUAAAACAAUGGGUAGAACAGAAACGGGUCUAUAGUUUCCGAGGUUGUUUGUAUCCCCAAAUUUAUAUAACAUAUUCACCUUUGCCACUUUCAUUUUUUUUUUGUGAAAAAAGUUACAUUUCCAAGUUUUAAAUUAAAAACAUACGUCAGACAGGGAACAAUCGACUGCAAUACAUGUUUGAUCGCUUUAAUUUGAAAAUAAUAUAUAGCAGAACUCUUACUAUUUUUAAAAUUUUGAAAAACAGAAAGCACCGUAUUUGCUUCAGUUGAAAACAGAAACAGACUAUGAGAUAUUUUCUACAUAUACCUAACGGCAUGUGCACGGUGUACACUUUUGACAAGUGUAACAAAAUCAUUAUUAAACGUUUGCGCCAAAGCACCUCCUUUUACGGUGAUACCUUCGAUUAUUAUCUCAGUUACCCUAACCGAGUGCAACCCUCGUUUUAUUAUUCGAUUUAUUUUUUCAAUAAACAUCCGAUCUCUUGUCAUCUUUAAAUAAAUUGCUGAAAUACGUG